CCACUUUGACAGUUUUGUCAAAAGGGUAUACGAGGUUUAAUAUUCCGUAAAUGCAUUAAAUUCUGUUUAUUUUCAUAACUAUCUAUAUUAAUUCAAUCACAAGAUGUUGAAAUUCAGUGGGUUGGUUUGGAGGUUAGGAACAAGAUCCACAAUCAGAAAAUAUUCAAGUGCUGGAGCAACGUUGUACAAAACAGACAAGUCGGAGGUGAAAAGUGUCCCCGAUAAGCCGGCUAAGCCAUCUGCAGUGGAUUUGGACAAAGACACUUCUGGUAAUAGAGGUCUAGUAGCAGCAGCAUUUGCGUCACUAAACACCCCGGAGUCAGCAGAGACAAAGAGGCCGAGUCCGAAGUCGGCGAAGCUGAGUCGGCUACAGCAGCUUGACAACCAGAUCCUGAAGGCAACUGACAUCAACAGCCUACUACUUGUAGCUGAAAACCCUGUUGUAUCCCGGAGACAUGCUUUGAAGAUGGUAUCAGUAUUAUCAGAAUGGUCGAGUUCAAACAAAGUGAAGCUUGCAGAGUUCGAGAAAGACCCCCGGUUUCUGAAGCUGUGCCGUAUACUCGCUCGGACACCUACAGCACAUGCUAUGAGCUCGCUGACCAUGGCAGAAGACCUGAGCACGGUGCUGGGCAUCACAGGUGAUGAUGAGGCUGCCCGGCUCAUCAUGAACCUCUCCAUGCCGCAGAUGGUUAAGGUAAUGAAAGCCCUGCACCAGAAGGGUCGCCGCAGCACGCCGCUGCUGCGCGCGUUGUCGCACAACAUCACCAAACAGCCCGAGAUCAUCGACCUCAAGAAAUCAGCUGAUCUUCUCUUCUGUAUGUCCUCCCUCAACUUUCCUGACCCUUUGUUGCUGGACAGGAUAUGCAACGACGUAAUAGAGAGUCUACCAUCAAACCAGGAUAGGCCAGCAGUAGUGAACUCAGUCCUCAUCUCCCUGGGGCUCCUGAAGUACCGCCACGAACAGUGCCUCACAGCUCUGUGUGACUGGAUGAGGUCACAUAUGGACAUCUGUCGAGCGAGUGAUGUCGCCUCCGCCGUCGUCACCUUGGCUACACUCGACUUCACCCCGCCCGAGAGCGAUGCCUUGUUUAAGGCGGCACAGCAACUAAAAGAGGAAGAGAUGGCCAAGUCCUCAGCGUGGCUGGACCUGGUGUUCUCCCUGCUGACGUUGAACAAAGCUGAGCCGGCGCACCUCAUUUCUACGCUCAAACCGGAGUUCAUCGACAAACUGCUUUCCGCUGGAGAAAUCCCGAUCCCAUCCCGCCGCAAACUAAUGAUAAUAGACGCGUACGUGUUAGCCACCUGCGGUGCGCAGGCGCCGCGCCUGCCGGAGGACGUGUGCGUAGGAGUGCCGCUACUGCACACCAAGGAGAAGGCUCUAUACGUGCACAGCAUCAUGGACACCUUCAAGAGUCUGGUCUCCGCUGACUCCUUCUUGAAGCGGGAGUGUAACUCCAACAUGGGGUUCUUGUAUGAUGCGGAGUUUGCAGUAGAUGCCAAAUGCCACCCGGUACCCUUAGAAAAAGCCGCUAAAAGCCAAGAUGUGUUCAGGAUAGCAGUACUGGGGCUUGAUUACCACGACAUGACGCGUAAGACUGUGGUGCCGCUGGGAGUCAACCAGCUUUAUACUAGAUUACUACAACUUAAGGGUUACAAAGUACUACAGGUUCCCUACACGGAGUUCAACCCGAAGGACAAGCUGGUGACCCGGGUACAAUACAUAGAGAAGCGACUACGGGAACUGGUUGGCACACGCACGUAACAGCAUAGCAAUUAAUUUAUAUAAUGUACAAACUAAGUCGUCACAGCGUGUAGGCGGUGUGAGGUGAACGCGCACGUCGCGACGCAGGAGCCAUUUUGCGGUAAAUUUUGCGGUCUUGCGCCGCGAUUUUUUUUUUAUGGGCCGAGUAUAUUGGCUCAACUAUCUUCUUCUUUGUCUCCCUCACUGCUGAGGAUCGCGACCACAGGUUAUGGUUUUCCACUCGGUACGGCUAUAUGCUUUGUGGACCGCCCUCUGUAUGCUGCCGCCCACCAUCCUCUUCACGAUGUCAGACCAACUCGUAGGCGCCCUUCCUCGCGCACGUUUGCUAUCCAUUUGCCCAACGAUGAUCUGCUUCUCCAGACUGUGCUUCGGAGACAUAAUAUGUCCGAAAAAGCUUAGGGCACGAUUCCGGCAUAUCGAGGAGAGCCGCGUCGUGGUCUUGAGCUCUUCAACUUUAGGGCUUCUCUAUGUUUACCAUCAGGCUCAACUAUCCCUGAUGGUAAACAUAGAGAAGCCCUAAUUGCAGUAGCUACUGAAAAGCAACGCAAUGAGUCAUGCCUUGAUCACACCUACCGAGUGGACGAGCGAGACAGUGCGCUCGGCCGAGUACUCGUUGUGUAUGAACAUUACGAUGAGUGCACGGCUGAGCGCUCGGCCGAGUUAUUUGGCGAGAUAGUUACUCGACCCCUGUUCUAUUUGCUAGGCCGAGUAUCAACCCCGCGCUUUCCCGCAAUGUCUCGCGCGUCCACUCGGUAGGUGUGACCAAGCUAUCAGUUUCGAAUCAGUUGCGACUACCAUACUGGCCUACUAGGUGCUUCUUCACGCUUCGCUUAAAGGACCUCAUAUUGUAAGGAGGGAACACUUGAUAACAUACGAUUUCGUACAAAUAUUUAAAAAAUGCGACGACUUCGUCGCGUGCGACUCCUGCGGCGCGUCUAGGCCCGCGUUCACCUUUAUUUUAAUAUGCCAAGGAUAAUUAUGCGCCGAUUUACAAAAAAAAACUUAAACUUUUUAGGCGUUUUUUUUUCUUUUUUACGUAUUCAGUGAAUAAAUGUUGUACAUAAUCUAUAUGUAGAAUACGAUGGCAUUCACAGAAAACGAAAAAAAAAACCCUUAAGUCUUUUUUUUAGAUCUGGACCUGUGCGUUAGAGACUGACAGGCACAGCUCGCGCUCGUAGUACCUAUGGAGGUGAGCAGUCGCCUCAGAAAUCAAGGGGUUAAAGGCCACAGCAAAGUCAUUCAUCUAAAAAAUCAAUAUUGCUAUUUGUCAUUGUGCACUUACUUUUUUAUGCGCAAAUGUCAAAUUAGCGUCAAUAAGGGACUUUUUAGACCUCAAAAACAUAGAUGGUGUUAAAGAUUUUCCAUCGUUUAACCUUCUAAUUUCAUGGAUAACGUACAUAAUUGAGUCGUUCUUCUUUUUUAUCGACAAUGAUCUGUCCUUCGUUCUGCUAAUAUAGUUAUCUUAUUAUACUCAAAAUACAAGCAAAAUACUAAUCGGUUCCUCAAUUAGUCCUUAAAGUAGCUUGAUUGUUUUUCACAAAAUUCUGUGACAGAGUGGUAAAUUGAAAUGCUGUCUCCGAUGAAAAGGACCACUCUGUCACAAUAUUUUUUGGAAUGCGUCUACAAAGAAAAGUAUGUUACCAAGAUAAAGAGAACCACUAAAUAGUCCUCUACAGGCACAUCUUUAUAUGAUGUUUUAAAAUAUUUAAUGCCGUUAUAAUUUUAAAGAUGUUAAAUCCGAUAAAUUGAGAAAAUGUCUUUUUAUUGUCGAUAAAAAAGAAGAACGACCCAAUUAUGUAUAUUUUAUCUUUAUUUUUGGGUAUAAAUGAUGACCCUUUUUAUUACACUCGGUCACGAUUACACCUUCCAGCCCUUAUUAUUCUGAUCGAAAUAAAGAGAAGCAAUAUAGGUAGCAACAUAAUUCUAUACAUAAUGAAUAAAUAGCUUCCAUGUUGCCUAUUUAACCCCCCAGGUUAUUAACGUAUCACCUGGAUAGAUAGAACAUCUCCUUGAAAAGAACUUUCCGGCGCUGCCCAUCUUUUAGUGUCCUUACGUGGCUUGUUGAAAUAUUCCUCUUGGCUUAUUAUAAUUCGCUGGCCUGACUUGUGUUUCACUUCUAAGAGACGUUCGUAAUUCCGUAAUCAAGACUUAUGAAGAAUGAAACAUACUAGAAUACCCAAAUCCCGGGAUUUGAUUAGUAAAUUCCGGGAAUCUCGGCAUUUGGUAGGUAAAUCCCGGAAAGCCCCGAACUUGUGUACUAAAUCCCGGGAUUUUAUUUGUAGAUUCCGGGAAUUCCCGGUUUCUGUUUAGUAAAUUCCGGAAAGCCCCGGGCUUGUGUACUUAAUCCCCGGAUUUGAUUAGUAAAUUCCGGGAAUUGCCAGCAUUUGUUUAGUAAAUCCCGGAAAGCCGUGGUGUUGUGUAUUAAAUCACGGGAUAUUAUUAGUAAAUUUCGGGACUUCCCGGCAUUUGUUUUGUAAAUCCCGGAAAGACCUGGACUUGUGUACUACAUCCCGGGAUUUGAUUAGUAAAUCCCGGGAUUACCCGGAAUUUUGGGUACUGUAAAACUUACGUGUUUUAAAAGUGAUUUGGAAAUAAAAUAAAUGCAUUUUUAUUUUUUUCUGUCAAAUCUGAAUUUGUACUCUUAAUUAACUUUAAUUUUGCGACUCAGAUUUGUCGAGUGCCAGUAAUUGUGUUGUGUGUGAAGUGAAAACUUGACAAAGCACCUCAAUUCACCUCAUCCCGUACUUUGGAAAUGUCUGGAACUUGCUAGAAUUGUAAUGACGACCGGAAUUAUUCAUUGUUUCUUGUUUUGCUGUAUAAUCUUUUGCUGAUAUGCCGAUUGUACUAUUAAUGGGAAGUGAGAUACAAAAUGUGAUUAAACAGGUUAAUGAAAAAUGUAUUAGUGCAACGACCAUCUGCUUGUUAGACCAAAAUUGAUAGAAAUGUUUGUAAACAAAUUAUUGUACAGAACCUCUUGUACUUUAUUAACGUCGCCUUAUGGAGAUAACCAGGUAAGCGCCUUUUUGCAAAAUUAGAUUUUCAUGUGAUUUUCUUACAAUACAAUACAAAAACUUCAUUCAUCACCAGCCCAUUAACGUCCCCACUGCUGGGGCACGGGCGUUCCCUAUGGAUGGAUACAAAAACUUAAAAAUACAUUAUUAUCACAACAGGAAGUGAUUUUUCAUAAAGGCGCUUGCGUUGUUUCCUCUUUAAGUUGUCUUAAAUGUGUAGUUGAAUUUUUAAUUAUGAAGUUUAUUUUAAUGUAAGUAUAUAUACUUAUGUCUUUUGCUAGGUGCACUGCCAACAUUUGUAACUGUACUGCGUCUACACACAAAUAUAACAUAAACAGCCUAUAUAUUAUGUCCCGUUGCUGGUCACAGGCCUCCCCUCAAUCAACAGGAGGGGGUAUGGAGCAUACUCCACCACGCUGCUCCACUGCGGGUUGGUGGAGGCGUUUCGGCUAGUAGCCCGGGCUA